CGAGCCUUCGCCCUCUAGGAUAUUGUUUGCAAUUUGUUUUUAUUUAUACCGUGGUCUUUUGGCGCUGUGAAGUGGUUGUGUCAAUGCUUCUUUGCGCUAAUUUCCGUACGGAUACAUCGAUAUGCGCAAUAUUGCAUCGUUGUUCGGUGUUAUUGUGAUAUUCUAAUUUAUCGGAGAUCGUGAAUUUGAUGAUUAUUUCCAGAGAUCAUUCGAGGAAAUAUGUUUGAGUUUGUUUAAAUAAUAUUCUGGAUAUUAUAAAUGCGUCAAUAGCUUUUUGGCGCCAAUGGAGAUACUAUCGCCACAGUUUAUAGGUUCUCCUUGCGGACAUUAUGGAUCUUACACUUUCUACCGUGGAUUCCGCUACACGAAGCAAGGCAAGCAAAAGGAUCUCACCUUAGGUGAAUUUUUUUUCGUGCGAAUUUCGGCCGAGGACGAUCCUUGCAUCGGUGAAUUGGAAUUGUUGUGUUCGAACAGGAAUAAUGACCAGCAAUUAUCGGCCCUCAGACUCUACUUUUUACCGGAGCAGACGCCGGACGGACGACUGGCACACCAUGGAGAGGAUGAGGUCUUGAUGGCCUCCGAUCGUGUCGUACUCAAGUUAGACGACCUCGUGAGCUGGAUCACGGAAGAAGUCGAAUGGAAUCACGGCAUUAUUGCUCCCUGCAUCAACAACAAAGCGAAGAAAGUUGAUCCAGUCAAGAAAGAAGAAGCCGCCGAAGAGAACCACGACGAGGCAGAAAAAUCCGAUGCUCCUUCAAUCGAAAAUUCGGACCCCGAAGGAAAGAAGACCCUCGUAGUCAAAGAGGAGUCGAAUCAAGAUGUGGAAAACAACAACAAGGAGACUAAAGUUAUUGUUCUGUCAUAUCAAACUUACUGCCGUUACCGUUCCGUGCUGAAGCGUUUAGAGGGAAGUGACACAGAUGAAUGGCUUCAAAAUUCUGUAGUUAUUGCUCUAGGAGGAUUUGCUGCAUCAAAUCCAAAUACUCGGGUUCUUUUCUGCCGAGAUAAUUUUGAGCAUGAUGAAUUAGCCCAUCAUGAGCUCAACUGUGAAUAUCUAGCUCCAACAAUAAAAGGAAAACGCAAGAAGAGGAAGGCAAAGAAUGCACGAAGUACUUCCCCAGAAUCAAACACUUCAGAAGAAUGCAAAGAAAUUGAAGUGAAGAAUAAUCAAAAAACAAAUGGUUUAAAACAGCCACCUAUUAAAAAUGAACAAGAAUUUUUGCAAAGGUUAUUCAAAUUUAUGAAAAAGAGGAACACUCCUAUACAUAGGGUACCUCAUCUCGGGUUUAAACAAAUUGACUUGUAUGUAUUCUACUCUUUUGCCCAAAAGUUAGGUGGCUAUGAUAAAAUAACUGGAAAAAAAUUGUGGAAGCAUGUAUAUGAUGAGCUUGGAGGUAAUCCUGGCAGUACCAGUGCGGCAACCUGUACUCGAAGGCAUUAUGAAAGGUUACUUCUCCCUUUUGAGCGGCAUAUGGAAGGCAUUGUCUACAAACCAGCACAACGAGGGAAGAAGUCUCAGAAGAAGCAAGAGAUGGAAGAGGACAAAGAAUGUGAGGAGAAUAACACUCCUGUAAAAACAGAACCUUCUGCUGCAGGAACCAAUGCAGAAGUAGAAGAUGCCUAUACAUUUACUGAUUCUAAUCAUGAAAAUAGCAAUAGCAAGGACAGUAACUCCAAUGAAUUUAAUUCUGUAUGUGAUGAACAAGCAUUAGUAAAUGAACCAAGCUUCUCAGAUGAGGACAGUAAAACUGUUUGGAGUAUACAGAAACAACCUGAUAAUAAAGAUGAAGCUGACAAAGAUGAUAGCAAGCCUAUUAAACCUCUGAUUAUUCAGAAGGGGCAAAGUGAAACCUUUGCAGAGAAAGAGAGGAAGUGGGAUGAAAUCCGUAGGAAGAAUGCAGCUGCUAGAAAAUGGGUUCGCCAGUCUCGUUCUACUCGAGGUUGUAAAACUCCUAUACCUGAAAUACCACCUUUUAAUCAGGAUAAAUGUAGAAAUUUGGAAUCAGAAUCUGCAGAGACUAAUGGUGUGCCUCAGCCUAGUAAAGUGAAAUCUGAAACUGUAGAAACUGUAUCUAAUCAAAACGUGCCUGCACUUCCAAGCCAAAAUAAACUUGUUUCAGAAAGUAAAGUGAAUACUGUCAACCACUGCAUUUCUAAAUUUCUUCCUCCAGGAACAGCACCUGAUGCUCAUAAUUCAAUAAAUAAGCUUGAAAAUCAUACGAUAAACAAGCUUGAAAAUCAUACAGUAAACAAGCUAGAAAAUCAUACCCAGAAAAGACUGCAUACAGUUCCAAAAGAAUCACAAGUUAGCAUUCCUGUAGAAAAAAAGGUGUUGCCAGCAUUUGUCAAAACAGAACCGAUUGAAAACAAUGCAAAAUCUUGGUGUGGCUAUCCUGGAAAUUCUGAAUAUCCAUCUUAUCAGUCAUCUUUGUAUUCUGGCUCAGAUAAUUAUGCACCAGGUUUCUUGAAAAAUCAGAGACCAGGUUCUUAUAAAGCUGGUACUCGAUCAGAGCCUGAUGUGGCACGAGAUUAUCUAAUGCAUACUGGGAGACAUUCUGUGGGUUCUAUGUCUGUAUCUAGUGCAGUUUCACUUGAAACACCUACUGGUGAAGAGAAACCUUUGGUUCCACAGCGAAGACCUUCUGUCAUUCAACAUACUGAAUAUGCAGCUACGUCACCUUCUCCAUCAAUAUCUCCCAAACAAAAUGUGGAUACAUGUCGAAACAUCUCUCCGAAAGAAGGAGCAUCGUCUGUGCCGUUCUCGAGCUCUAAAUUAAGUAUUCCAAGCCAACCAGGCUAUUCAGUGACUGGUAAAGUUGCUGAGUGGUUAACAAAAGGAGUCCAUGAAGUUGUGGCUUGCAAAACACCAUCUACUGCUGUUGAAAAGACGGUAGAACUCCAUGAUAAAGUCAUCGUGCCCUCAAUUUGUAAAACUCCAGGUGCCAUAGGGACUAGUAAGGUACCUAUUAAUAAUGUUAAAAGUAAGCAUAAUGCUUGUAUUUUGAACUGUCCAAAGUCACCAAGAUCAAAGUAUGCAAGCUCACAUCGUCAUCGAAAUAGUGAUACCAUUGCAAAUGGAAAUUAUAGUUCAGUACCUAGGAAUGAUGUUAGAAACAAUGCGCUCUAUCAGAAACCAUUCCAUACAGCUGCAGUAACUCACAGUUCUGUGAUGGCAAAUGCUAGUGUUGCUCCUAAAUAUCAGCAGACUAUUAAUCAAAGCAUAAAGCCAGAAUAUUACUCAAAUGGCCCAUAUUUUAAUCAACCCAAACGUUUCAAAAACAGUAAUAAUCUAUUACCUUCUAUGCUGCCUGCAGUCAAUCCAAGGCCAUCAUUGUUACCUUUUAUAAGGCAGCAGACAUAUCGCACAUCACCUCUUAGUGACAUACCUAAGACAACAGCAUCAACGCACAAUGACUAUGAAACUGUUGUACUUGAUCUCAGUGUAAAAAAGAAGCCUCCUCAAGUGGCUCCAUCUAGGACCUCUGCUCCCAUUAUCACAGUCAGUACUUCCCCUGUACCUGAGGAAGGUGUGUGCCUAGAUUUGUCCAUCAAGAAAAAAUCAAAUGUAAGUAACGAUAAUGGCAUUGAAAACAUAACUCCUCCACUUCCCAUUUCUCCGAAUCCAUCAUCACAAGUUGCCCCACCAUAUAUGCAUUCAUCUCUAAAGCCCUUACCUACCCUCAUAGCCCUUCAAGACUUGGCAGCAGAAGAAGCUGCCAGGCAUAGCUAUUCGUCAGGCAAUAGCAGAAUACCCCCUAUCAUGACUAGUUCAGUGACUCCACCAGUGUCCGGCCCACCACUUGUUAUGCCUCCAACCAAUGCAAUGUUUCCUGCUAGCACGCACAGCAAAUUACCUCCAGGUUUUGUGAACAGCAUGCCACCUGCGGCAUAUUCAAAAGACAUUGCCAAAAAUUUAUAUAUGCCAAGUACCACGCGCCAUUCACAAUUCACCCCUUAUGUGAUACCUCCAUUUUUUCAAUCAAACUGGACUUCAGUUGUGAAUUCCACUGCUGUAAAUACUAAACAAACUAACAACUCUCAAACUAGUCCAAUGGCCUACAAAGGAAUGGUGAACCAUAGUGUCUUCCCAAAGGAGUAUCCAUAUAAUGUUAAAUCACAGUUUCAUAAUGUGCUAUGUAAAGAUAAUGGGCAUUAUCCAUCCAAUGGUAAAUGAUCUAUGUUUAAUAAGAAUUUUUUAGAGCUUUUAUGUUGUAUUCGGAGAUUAUUGUUGAUUACUGAAAGUUGUAUUUUAAGGCAGAAUUUAAUUUCUGUAAGAGGUCUUUUAAAGUGAGUUGCCUUUAUUGCUAUCACUGUGGUGUAAAAUAAUAAAAUCAGUCUUGCAUUGUUUUACUUCUGUACAUACAUUAGUUGCAAAUAAACAUGUAAAGCUAUAAUUUUGUAAAUAUGUAUAUUCCUUAAAUUUGAAAAUUCCUUAUUUUCUAAGAAUUUGAUCCAUAUUUAUUAGCAUAGAUUUCUCAUCCCCCCUUUCCCCCAAAAAUGCUUAGAAAAUUAGGGGGAAAUUUAUCUGGCAAAUACCGUUUCUGAGGAUUCUAAAGAGAGGGGAAAAUGGAACAGAUUAAAACAUAUAUAUUUCAGAGAAGUAAAUUACAGUUACUGCUUUCAAUACUGUUCUUUUUUUCCUUCCGAAUUGUACUUGUGUAACAAGAGUUAAGAAUCUUACAUUAAAAAUAUAUGGAGAAAUAUAUGCAAAUAAAUAUGGUACUUAUCUGAAGAUACAGCUAGAUUUCUAAUCUAGUGUCACAAAAUAAUCAAAAAUUUUCUAUUAAUUUUCUUUUGGGUAAAACUGAGGCCAUUUUUUAAAUUAUUGUGCCCCUAUUAGAAAUAAAACUGAGUGGUAGUCAUGUAACUGCAUGAGUAAUAUUAUACAAAUUUGAGUACAGAAGUAAUAUAAUUCAUAAGAACAUAAAAAGGUUACUUAUCAGAUUUGAAAAUAUAUAGCUAAUUAUUUUCAUUAUCUAAAAACGAUAGUUUUUUGAAAUGUAUAUAGUUUUGUAAGAAAUUCAUUUUAUGAUUCAAAAUCAGAAUGAAGAAAAACAUUUGAAAAAUGUCUUGUACAAUGACUGUAUAAAGUCUUUUUGUUUGAAAUUUUAUCGUUUGUCAUUUAGAUGUACAUUUCACUUGUUUAUUAUAUUUGUACUUUUAUAGCUUUUGUUAAUGUCUGUUAAGUGCAUUGUUUUGUUUUAUAAAUAUUGAUUAACGUUGAAUCUUUUUGUUAAUUGCCUAGCUGGAUUUCUUUUGUAAUGAGUAAAUUUCAAAAUUUCAGUUCUUAUUCUGUAUGGUAUUAAAAUUUAUCAAUAUAGCCCAUCAAAAUUGUAACUUUGCAAAGGGGACAGAAUAAUUAAAGUAUCUUAACUAAUUUUUAAUGAUAAUCAUCUGUCUUCUGCAUAAAAUUCCUUUGAAUUGUUUUAAUCGUUAUCCCCCUCUGUAUUUAAAAGUAGCUUUUUUUAGCAUGCAAUCAAGGAGUGAAAUGUUUUUAACUACAACACUUUUUAAUUAGUUAGGACAAUUUGUAGGAAGAAAUUUUAUUAGCUUCUAUGUGUGCCCUUGUAAAACUUGUAAUAGAAACAGUACAGAUAAUUUAUGUUUUGUGGAAAUCUUUGUAUCGCAUUUAUAUUUUAUUCCCUUUGCAAAAUGUACUUCCACUAUUAAUAUUAGUUGUGAAUAAAGUAUUGAUUUUUAUUUUAUGAUAGACAGAAAAAUAUACCUGAUGUGCUGAAAAUUUUGAACUUGCAAAUAACACAUAAAAAAAUGUUCCAUCCCCAUCAAGUUUUAAUUCUUUCAUUUCUGUAAAUUCAUAUAAAUCAUUUUGUCCCAUCUUUUUAAUGAUCUCAUGAAUGUGCUAUUGAACAGCUAUGUGAUAAAGCGAUGACUGUCUUGCAGCGCAAUAGCAGGAAAAUAAAUUACCGUGUAAAGAAAAAAAAUGCAUUGUAAAAAAUCAUCUUACUGCAAUGUCUUUGUUUUUUAGAAUGUGCUACCUCCUUUUAUCUUCAUGCUUUUAUGUACAUGUAAACUUAUAAAGUGGUAUGGAAUUUGUGAAUAAUAACUAAAAAAUUUAAAUGUUGCAA